AUGAGGCAAAUCUUCUGGUUGUGCCUUGUUUUACUCAUUUCUCUCAUUUUCCUGGUGUUUCUCUACGAUGAAACCGAAGAGCACGAGUCGAUUGAAAGACCGAAAAAGUUGAUUACAACAAAGUGCUCGAGUGGCAAAGAAAGUUUUGAUGAGAAAAAGCAGCCGACAAUCGAUCGAAACACAAUCGCCAUUUUAUUCAUCAACGAUUAUGAGAAGAGAAAUGAUCAGGAAUUUGAUUUAGCUCGCUCAACCGUCAUUUGCUAUGCUGGAGUGCAUGGGUAUCACUUUGAACUCUUCGAUCCACUCAUUCCCUCAAUAUCGGCUUUGUUUUGUCUGCAAAGAGAGAAACCCUUUCAAAUCCCUUGCAUUAUCGCCAAUUUCCUCGAAGCAUUUACAUUUGAAUGGGUUUUAUAUAUUGGUGCUGAUAUCGGUGUUAUCAAUCCUUUGUAUCGUCUCGAAUCUCUCAUCCCAAAUCAAGAUGUUCACCUCGUUUUCUAUUCCGAAUCUGAUCAAAAUCCGAUUUCAAAUCAAAGUUUUCUCGCAAAGAAUUCCCCUCGAUCCAUCAAUUUCCUAAGAAACUGGGCCGAUUUUCAAUUAAAACGCCCAGAUUUCCCCUUUGUCGACCUAGCACUUCCAAACGUCAUCUCGUCAUUUUUUCAUCCAGAAAUGAGAUCCAAUCAAUUGAUUUGUGAAAGAAUUCUGAAAACUGGACGUGCACUUGACUACACAGCUUGUAUGCAAGAAUUCAUCUUUUGGGCGACAACAUCGACUGAGUAUUAUGUUUAUGCAAAGGAACAAGGAUUCAUUCGUAAUGGCUCAUUAACCAAUAAUAAAUGGUCUCUAGAUGAUUUUCUGUUGAGUGGAUGGAGGAAAUGGAAAUAUGAAACCGAAUGGGAAUAUUCAUUGAUUAUCGAAUCUUUUCUUGUCCCUUGUCAAAGCAUUCAUCAAAUUGAUCAAUGGAAAUAUAAUUUUAGCUAUGUGAUAUCUCCGGAAACAAAGCUGAAAAUUCUCGAGAAACAUUCGAUGAAAGAGCUAGAGGAACACCGAAAAAUCAUCAAGAGACUCAAUUCAACAAAGAAAUUAGGGAAUUUGUUCGAGAUUUCGAAAAAUCCAUUCAAAUUCUUGCUUAAUAACUAUACUGGAAAUGAA